CCAAAACGAGGAAAAUGUGUUUUGUAGGAAGUGCGUCUCUUUAGCAACCGAAGAACCUGAGCAAUGGCUUCCUGCGCGAUGGACAACACGUAAAUAAAUUAAUCACCUCUGCGGUCGCUACACGGUAUCAUUAGCACUUUGCUGUUUGCAGGAUCAGAAGCAGAAAAACUGCUGUGGCUCGUAAUGGCCAGCGGCAGCGGAUUGGCGUCGAACCAAAGCGGUCCGGAGGCUCCGUCCAACUCGGUACAAUGCGGAGCCGCAGCGGCUCUGUGCAACAUGCCAGCCUCAGCUCCCGCACCGUCCGCCUCCCCGCCGGGCAUCGGCCUUCAGCGGGAGCCCGUCUACAACUGGCAGGCGACAAAGAGCUCCCUGAAGGAGCGGUUCGCUUUCCUCUUCAACAACGAGCUGCUCAGCGACGUCAGGUUCAUUGUGGGAAAAGGCAGACAGGCCCAGAGGAUACCUGCCCAUAAGUUCGUCCUGGCCGCUGGCAGCGCCGUGUUUGAUGCCAUGUUCAACGGGGGGAUGGCCACCACUUCAGCUGAAAUAGAGCUCCCUGACGUGGAGCCUGCAGCUUUCCUGGCCCUGCUCAGGUUUCUGUAUUCCGACGAGGUCCAUAUCGGUCCAGAGACUGUGAUGACGACUCUGUACACAGCGAAGAAAUAUGCAGUCCCAGCUCUGGAGGGCCACUGUGUGGAGUUCCUCACCAAGCACCUCAGAGCCGACAACGCCUUCAUGCUUCUCACUCAGGCGAGGUUAUUUGAUGAGCCUCAGCUUGCCACUCUUUGCUUGGACACUAUCGACAAAAGCACUGCAGACGCAAUAAACGCAGAAGGCUUCACUGAUAUCGACCUUGAUACGUUAUGUGCAGUGUUGGAGAGAGACACACUCAGCAUCAGGGAGAAUCGUCUGUUCGAAGCGGUGGUCCGCUGGGCAGAGGCGGAGUGUUACAGGCAACAGCUUCCCCCAACCUCGGAGAACAAGCAGAAGGUUCUGGGGAAAGCGCUGCCGCUCAUCCGCUUCCCGCUCAUGACCGUUGAAGAGUUCGCAGCCGUAAACCCCAAACCACGGGUCGACUACAUUGACAGGCCUCGCUGCUGCCUCAGGGGGGAGGAGUAUAGCAUUAAUAGAUUCCAGCAGGUUGAGAGUCGGUGGGGGUACAGCGGCACCAGCGACAGAAUCAGAUUUAAUGUUAACAGAAGAAUAUCCAUCGUGGGUUUUGGCUUAUAUGGCUCAAUACAUGGACCCACCGACUAUCAGGUCAACAUUCAGAUCAUAGAGAGUGACAAACGUAUCACACUGGGCCAGAAUGAUACCGGUUUCAGCUGCGACGGCUCAGGAAACACCUUCCGAGUGAUGUUUAAAGAGCCUGUGGAGAUCCUGCCCAACAUCAGCUACACUGCAUGUGCCACCCUAAAGGGUCCAGACUCUCAUUAUGGCACUAAAGGGUUGAAGAAAGUGACCCAAGAAUCAACAACUGGGACCAAAACUACAUUUCUGUUCUUUAGCUCACCUGGAAACAACAACGGCACGUCGGUAGAGGAUGGCCAGAUACCGGAGAUCAUCUACUACAUAUGAACUUUACAUACUGCCAUGCAGGUACAAAGAACCAGGAAGACCUCAGGCCACUGGAAGGACUGGACUUCUGUGAAUGGAUGCAGUGCCUCUGGAUCGCCUGGAGUAUUUUAUGUGUGUCUGUCUGUGCGUGCGCGAGUGUGUCUGUGUGUGAGUGAGAAUGCCGUGUGUGAGAAUCUCUGUACAUAUAUUCACGUGCAACUCUGUUUUGCGAAAAGAAAAAGAAAAGUUUUUCGGGCCUAAAAUUUUCUUUUGUUGUCGUAAGUUGUCUAAAUACUGAUGUUCUGUCUGUGCUACUAAGCUGCUUGUGGUGCAGAAGUUGCACAACUAAAACAACAAAGACGGCAACACGACUUUCAAUGAGGCCAACUCGCUAUGUCUGUUUGUGCUGAUGCAUAUUUUUAAUGUGCACUGUUGUACUUUAUAAAACAGGUGUCUUCAAGUACCUUUUCUCUGUGUUGUACAAAGGCUCCCUGUGCUUAAUUUUGCCAGUAGUUCUUUCUGUAACUUAUUACACAGUGUUUACUUCGCAUUUCACUGAAAUGUAAAACAGGAAACAAAUGUUCUGAGACAUUUAUGGGUAUAUUAAACCGGAAUUAGUUUAUUUUUAGCUUUUGGGCAAUAAAACACGCUAAGACCAAACUGACUGAUUCGUUCAGUCAAUA